GAACUCCAUACACGAAGGUACCUUCAAUCUUUACAACACUCCAAGGGCUUUGGCUACGCCCAUUCGAACAAAGGUGACAAAUUCCUAGCGCAUCUUUUGAAGGGUAACACUCCCUGCACACAGGUUUGUAAACUACGCCUGUCCUUGGGAACCAUGUCCUCAUUCCCGAAUGAUAUAGCAGAGGAGUUUAGACGCUACUACCACUCCAUAUAUAACCUGUCCGCACCCGAUGGGAACACCAAGUCCACGAAAAUCAAUGACUAUCUAGAUACUAAUGUCACAAAAACGGUGAGUCCAGAAUUCACAGCCAUGUUGGAUGCCCAGAUAGGAGUAGAAGAACUCUCUGCGGCUCUGAACUGUGCCAAAGCUGGCAGAGCACCGUUCCCCAGCGGUUUCUCAAUGGGAUAUUAUAAGAACUUCUCAUCGGUGCUCCUACC